CAUUACGGAACCAACGAACGACGGACGCUGUUUCUGACGGACCGCGUUGGAUGUGGGACCACUGGUCCCAUCUUGGUUUGUGAGAGGAGAGAGCUGAGAGAACCGUCCAUAUUACAGCUGCUUUGUCAGCACUCUUGGCGGUGAUGGACCCUCCCGGCGGGGGCAGCGAGCGGCGGAGGCAGGCAGAGCGUCUUCGACGGGAGGAGGCAUACUACAACUUCAUCAACGAGCUGAGCGAGGAAGAGUACCGCCUGAUGAGAGAUGGCAAUCUGCUGGGCACUCCUGGGGAGGUGACUGCAGAGGAGCUCCGUCAGCGUCUGGAUGGAGCCAAAGAGCGCGUGUCGUCUCAGCCCCACACCGAGCAGCAAUCGCAGACCGCUGAUUCUGGAGAACAGCAGAGCAGCAGCAGCGGGGGAGAGGAGAGAGGGGCCGGAGGAAGAGGAGGGGCAGGGGGAACAGAAGCCGGAGCAGAAUCUUCUAACGGCGAUUCGUUGCUGGAGUGGCUGAACACGUUCAGACGCACCGGCAACGCCACCCGAAGCGGCCAGAGUGGCAACCAGACAUGGAGGGCAGUCAGCCGGACCAAUCCUAACAGCGGGGAAUUUCGCUUCAGCCUGGAGAUCAACAUAAACCACGAUCAGCCCGAGCCGGGCGAGCACGUCGAGGCCGUGAACUCGCCGGAGGCCCCAGAACUGCAGCUGACUCCUCCACACGCCUCCGCCCCCUCCGCCCGCACCGCCUCCCCCCUCCCCAGCUCCCGGCUUUCAGCUACGCCGCGGCCAGCUCCGUAUCCCUCCCCACGGCCAGCCAUAAGACGGGUGGAGACCCGGCGCACCCGCAGCACGUCUACCGCUCUGUCCGCGACCCCCGCCGCGCCGUCGCCCGGAGAGACGGUCCCGGCCGCCGCGCAACGGCGGGCUUCGACUCUGCACUCCUCAGCACCUUCUCCCUCGGCCCCCAGUCCUCCUGGCGAUCACGCCGCGCCGCUUCAGCAUCAAGUCCUGAAUGUAGAACUGGAGCGGGGACGUACCGAGGCGCCGGCCUCUCUAGACGGGGCGCGCGCGUCUCCGCAGGGCGAGCCCCAGGAGCCGCGCAGCAGCAGGACUCGAUCACGUGGCCGGGCGCGGCGGGCUGCGGCGGGCAGCGGGGCCGCGUCUCGCACGUCCAGGAGAAGUCGGUCCCCUUUGAACAGAACGCCCGCCGUCGGCAGCGCCCCACCUUCCAGCGGCGGUCCAGCCGGGUCCGCGGUCCAAACCGGGGAGCCGAGCGCCGUCACGACCUCCGUGUCCAUGGAGACGGGGGGCAUCGUGACCGAGCCCGACGCCGUGCUGGAGUCCGCCGUGGAGACGGUGGAGCGUGCGAGCGAGUCGCCCGCGGCGGGCGCCGGCGGCUCGGCGGUCCGGCGGCACCCGACGAUCAUGCUGGACCUGCAGGUGAGACGGAUCCGGCCCGGCGAGAACAGGGACCGGGACAGCAUCGCCAGCAGGACGCGGUCCCGCGCCCGGGUGGCGGAGAACACCGUCACCUUCGAGAGCGACAGCGGCGGGUUCCGGCGCACCAUCUCCCGCUCGGAGCGCGCCGGCAUCCGCACCUACGUCAGCACCAUCCGGAUCCCGCUGCGGCGCAUCAGCGAGACGGGCCUCGGCGAGCCCAACUCCACCGCCCUGCGCUCCAUCUUGCGGCAGAUCAUGACCGGCUUCGGGGAGCUCAGCUCGCUCAUGGAGACGGAGGCGAGCUCCGAGAGCGCGGCGCCCAGCCACACGGAGGCGGGCGCCGCAAACGGCACCGGCAGCAGCCGCCUGCACUUAAACGAGAGCGAGCCCGGCCAGGUGGGGCCAGGCGAGGUGGUCCCGGGGACGGAGGGGCAGGUGAGCAGCGAGGAGGAGCAGGCGGGGCGAGGACUCGGCGGCGGGGCGGUCGGCUCGGCGGACGGCCGGGCGAACAGCAGGGACACCAACAACCUGGUGGAGAACGGCACCCUGCCCAUCCUGAGGCUGGCGCACUUCUUCUUGCUCAACGACGAGGAGGACGACGAGCACCCCCGCGGCCUGACCAAAGAGCAGAUCGACAAUCUAGCCACGCGCACGUACGGUCAGGCCAGCCUGGAGGGCGAGAUGGGCCGCGCCUGCAGCGUGUGCAUCAACGAGUACGCCCAGGGCAACAAGCUGCGGCGCCUGCCCUGCUCCCACGAGUUCCACGUUCACUGCAUCGACCGCUGGCUGUCCGAGAACAACACCUGCCCCAUCUGCCGGCAGCCCAUCCUGGCCGCGCACCGUGACUGAGCCGCUCGCUCCUGCUCACCGCCGGCUCAACUGAGCAAACCCAAGUGGGCUUAGCCUGUACAUAUCGCUUUUAGUUUUUUUUUUUUCUUUCUUUCUUUCUUUGAAAACAUCCUUUGGGUUGGAGAAAAGGUCGAACCAAAAGUGUGCAAAAAAAACCAGGAAAGAAACUUUAAAUCCAGAGAAUUAACAAAACUUUAUUUUUUUAGACGCUGUGUUUCCAGGAAGCCGUUUAGCUCUUCCUGUGACCUUAGUUGCUACUUCAGAAACCCGUCAGUCACAUGGCUUCUCUGCUUUAGGAGCUCCGCUACUGACCGCUGACUAGACCCAUUUACUGUUUUUUUUUUUUUUUUUAAACGUAGACGGCUGCGAGCGCAACGUGGCAAAGGAAGUACGCCGGCUUGUCGGGCUACGCUAGCACGUCACCUGCAAAAAGAAAAACAAGCUAACCUUAGCAAGUAGCAACCGGCUUCCAGAUCCGUGCACAUUUACCGACAUUAGCAAGUGGGCGGAUAUUCAGCUGCCUGAUAUUUACAUGCAUUUGGCGGGAAAAACCUUUACAUAACGGAAAAGCUUUGAUCCUUUGAUGCGCAUGAAUCGGUAAUUUGCUGACAAGCAGAGGAGGUGAGGUACCAGGACAGCGACGCAGAGUUUUGUCCCCUAAAAUCCUCCGCUGGCUAAGGCAAAAGACGACUGUGUGUUGAUUGAUGUUGAAAGGCCCGAUUUUGGCUAAAUGUUCUGCUGUGUGAAAAAUGCGACAACUUUCUCCACUACAGCUGUUUAAAAAAAUAAAUAAUAAUAAUCAAAAGGAAGGCAGCAGCGCGGUUCUGUGAGGAAUGCCAUGUAAACGCACUGUUUUGCAUCACUGUGAUGUUCUGGACUUACCUGGCUGUUCUAGAUGCUCUUACUGGCCUUUAUCCACUUAAUAGUUACCUCCAUAUUUUUGGUGUUUUUUUUUUUUUUUAUAAAUAUGUUAAUAUAUAGGAACGAAAAAUGUUAAUAUUUGGUAAAUAUUUAUUAACUUCCAAUAUUAUCCCUACGGUAGCCUCUGUUUGCAGUAUUGAGGUAUGUUUUAAUUGUGCUAUAGCCCUGCCUGUAUUUACACUGUGUGUGGGGGGGGAAAUAAAUAAGUACUUAAAAUUCAA